UCCUGCAGAUUUGUGAUGGAUAGGAUAAGUCAGCUACCUGAACAUCUUCUUUUGAAGAUUUUGUCGUUGCUGCCUAGUACCAAAGAUGUUGUGGCCACAAUGGUUUUGUCCAAACGGUGGCAGUUUCUAUGGACGCUUGUGCCAAGACUAAUAUACGAUGAUGGCAAUAAUAACAUCACGAAAGAAAGUUUCUCGAGGUUUGUAGACAGAUCUUUGCUUUUGCACGUGGCGCCUGUUCUAGAAUCUUUACAGCUCAAGCUUGGUGAAAAGUCUAGUGAUGUUAAUAUUGGAGUAUGGGCUAGAACUAUAGCUAGACGCCAUGUCCGUGAGCUGGUCAUCGAGAUCGAUAGAACUUCUUGUACAACUCCAGCCAUCAUUCCUAAGAGUUUGUACACCUUAUCCGGAAUGCUUGUGACUUUGAAACUUAAAAGCAUGGUUCUUGUUGAUGAUGUUGCUUCACCGGUGUCUUUCUCAUCUCUCAAGAUAUUGAGUCUUGAUAACAUCAAAUACCCAGGUGGUGAUGAAUCUGUCAACAGGCUUUUAACUAAUUGUCCUGUUCUUGAAGACUUGUUUGUGAACCGAUGUCCUGAUGGUGAUAACGUUACCGUUUUCACCGUUAGAGUGCCUUCUCUAAAGAUAUUAACUAUGUGUAACAAACAAAAAACUAGCAAUGAUGCAGAAAGGGUUGUGAUAGAUACUCCUUCUUUGGAGACGUUGACUUUCGAUGAUUUUACUGGCUGUGUCUUUGAGACUGAAAUGCCUAACAUUGUAAAGGCAGAUAUUGACAUUAUGUAUAGUCACUCUGAGAAGAUUCUGUGUUCUAUCACUCCAGUCAAGGAUCUCCUUUUAUGUUUAUCAUCCUCAAAGGAUACAAAUCCUGGUGGGUGUGCCUUCCACCGUCUGGUAGAUUUUACACUAUGCAGAUGUGACAAGCAGUGGUUGAACAUACUUAUGUGUGUGCUUAGAGGUUCACCUAAAUUACGAGGUCUCAAACUUGAUCAGUACCAUGGCUCUCAGGCUAAUCAACCGAGCCCAUGUUGGAGUGAACCGAGCUUAGUUCCCGAAUGUUUGUUAUCGAGUCUUGAAACUCUCGAAUGGGCAGAUUAUGAAGGAACAAAAGAAGAGAAAGAAGUGGUGGAAUAUAUCUUAAGAAACGGUAGCUGUUUGAAAAGGGUGACUAUCUCCUCCAAACCCACUGACCCAGAAGAGAAACUUGAGAUGAUUAAGGAGUUGGCAUUGUCGUUCAGGCGUUCACCUAUCUGCCAGCUUGUAUUCAACUGAAGCUAAAGUCAGACAUGUCAAGUUACAUCGUGUUUGGUCUGAAUCCUAGAUAACCUAUUAUAACGUUUUAUGUUUUCUCUCGCUUGUUUUGAGAGUUUAGGAUCUAUAACUCCUAUUUCCUUUGAAAACUGGAAAUUUUAGGCCUUAGACUAGUAGUCUUUCUCCGUCUUAGAGUCAAUUAAGCUAAUUUGGCUAAGGCAUAUGCAUAGUAAGUGCGAACAUGAACAUUAGAUA